GGGAGCUGCACAGGCUGAGCAGAGAGGUGCUUGGUGGUUGUGGGAGUGCUGCAGGGCAAGCAUCUCCAGUGCUGGCUGACUGAAGCUUUAAUUACUGCCUUCUAAGAUGCUUACUUCAGUUAGCGUGGUCUGACAUGCUGUGUAAUGUGUUAACCACUUUAGUCAUCUAAAAAGCAAACAAGAACAGCUACAUGGGACAUGGUACAUGAUUGUGUUGUGUGUGGGGUGUUAAUGUGAUUCCAUUACAUCCUUUUUUUUUUUUUCCAUAUUCUUUGACCAUUUCCUACGUGGAUGCAUCCUGCUCUUGAGUAGUCCUGCAUUAAACUCUUAAACUGCCCUCAGUAAGAGUCCUAAUUAGGGCCUGGCUCAUCACAGUCCUGGGCACCAGCACUGCGGCCACCUUUGAAGUAGCCCAGCCAGAAGGAUCAAAAGCUUUGUUACAGGGAUAGCAGCUGCUGGAGAAGCAGUAGUAGUGCAGGGCGCCCAGCUCAGCCUGCAGAGAUCUUUGGUUUGGGGUUUGCAUCACCCAAUGUUCACCUGAGAAGCUUUGGAAAAACUGGAAAGCGCUAGAUUAGACAAUGCUACUGUGCAAAUGGCAGGUUAUGCAAACCCUAGUGGGGAUGAUUAUAAGUUUUCUAUUUUUGAGUCUUCCAUUGAAUGACUCACUUUAUUAGAUGUGUUCAUUUAAAAUGGAAUGUGAAGCACCCAGAUUCCAUGGUAAUGGCCUCAUAAAGUGCUCAGAUAUACAACAUAACAGAUUGGAUUUCUUCUCUUAAUUUAACAGGUUUUGCGUCUCAUACACCAUGUCUGAUGGCAGCAUACAGGGCGUCACACUUAUUGCAAAGCUUUACAGUUUGUACCCAUCUGUCUCUGCAUUUUUGCUAAAGUAGUCGUCUUCCUUUGAUCUCCAGCUUGCGGUACUGCGUCUGAAUCUUCCUUCGCUCCCUCCUCCCCCACUCCCCUCAUCCUUCCACCAGCUUUCCCCGUGCCCUCCGCAGCUCUAGCCCCAUACCUUGGUAAUUAGAAGGGACCGGAGCCCAGAAGUGAGGCUACCUGAAGAGGGCUGGGAGCCCCACAGGUAUGCGUGCUGGCAGGCUGCAGGGUUACACAACCCUAACUGAGAUCCCAGCCAACAGCGGGCUGCCUGCUCAGUGCCUGGGCUGGGCAUUGCGGGGCACGUUCCUCCUGGGCAUCACAGCGGCCUGCUGCCAGCAGUGGGGAGGCAGAGACGUGUCACGUGGGACGCCCUGCUCAGAAGCUUCUCUUGAGGACGGGUGUUGAAAUAGUUUACUUAGAAACAGGAUUAAAAAAUGGCAUUUCAGAAGGCAGUGAAAGGAACUGUUCUCAUUGGAGGAGGUGCCAUAGCAACAGUUUUUGGCCUCUCUCAAUUUUCUCAGUAUAGAAACAAACACGUCUUCAACCAGUGGCAAUGUAUGAUUCAUGGCACCUUGGUGAAUGUUCAAGCUGCAGAAACAGUGACUGUUCCCAGAAGGAACGAUUUUCCUACAAGAGAAGAGCAGAUUUCAACACUAAAAAACACAUGUGAAUUUGAUGUUCUUAUCAUAGGUGGAGGAGCAACAGGGUGUGGCUGUGCCUUAGAUGCAGUCACUAGAGGACUAAAAACAGCCCUUCUAGAAAGAGAUGAUUUCUCAUCAGGGACCAGCAGCAGGAGUACUAAAUUGAUCCAUGGUGGAGUGAGGUAUCUUCAGAAGGCCAUCAUGAAGUUGGAUUUUGAGCAGUACAAGAUGGUGAAAGAAGCGCUUCAGGAGCGUGCAAACCUUCUUGAAAUUGCUCCUCACCUAUCAGCUCCUUUGCCUAUCAUGCUGCCUGUUUACAAAUGGUGGCAGUUGCCAUACUACUGGAUUGGAAUAAAGCUGUAUGACCUUGUGGCAGGAAGCCAGUGUCUGAAAAGGAGUUAUGUCCUCAGCAAGACAAGAGCCUUGGAGCUCUUUCCAAUGCUGCGCAAAGACAAGCUGGUUGGAGCUAUUGUCUAUUAUGAUGGUCAGCACAACGACGCGCGGAUGAACCUCGCCAUCGCCCUCACCGCUGCCAGGUACGGCGCUGCCACCGCCAAUUACACUGAAGUGCUGCGCCUGCUGAAGAGGACGGAGCCGGGCAGCGGGAAGCAGCGCGUGUGCGGGGCACGCUGCAGGGACGUCCUCACAGGGCAGGAAUUUGAUGUCAAAGCCAAAUGUGUUAUCAAUGCUACGGGACCUUUCACAGACUCGGUGCGCAAAAUGGAUGAUCAGGAAGUACCCAACAUCUGUCAGCCCAGUGCGGGCGUGCACAUCGUGAUGCCGGGUUAUUACAGCCCUGAUAACAUGGGUCUGCUCGACCCAGCCACCAGCGACGGCCGAGUGAUUUUCUUCCUGCCGUGGGAGAAGAUGACUAUUGCAGGGACCACGGACAGCCCCACCGAUGUCACUUCCCAUCCGAUCCCCACAGAAGAAGAUAUAAACUUCAUUCUGAAUGAAGUGCGCAACUACCUUAGUGUUGAUGUAGAAGUGAGAAGAGGAGACGUGUUGGCAGCGUGGAGUGGCAUCCGUCCUCUGGUCACCGACCCCAACUCCAAAGACACGCAGUCGAUAUGCCGGAACCACGUUGUUGCUGUUAGUGACAGUGGCCUUGUCACCAUAGCAGGUGGGAAGUGGACAACGUACCGUGCCAUGGCUCAGGAUACCAUUGAUGCUGCUAUUCAGGCACACAAUCUGCCUGCGAGUUCCAGUAAGACAAUUGGGCUGAUGCUCCAAGGGGCUGAGGACUGGAGCCCCACGCUCUACAUUAGGUUGGUCCAGGACUAUGGACUUGAAAGCGAGGUGGCUCAACAUUUAGCUUCUACAUAUGGUGACAAGGCCUUUGAGGUGGCCAAAAUAGCCCAAGUUACAGGAAAGAGAUGGCCUAUUGUUGGAAAACGUCUUGUGUCUGAAUUUCCUUAUAUUGAAGCUGAGGUCAUCUAUGGUGUGAAAGAGUAUGCCCGCACUGCUGUGGAUAUCAUUUCCCGACGGACUCGCUUGGCCUUCCUAAAUGUGCAGGCUGCUGAGGAAGCUCUGCCAAGGAUUGUAGAUAUAAUGGGGAAAGAACUUAACUGGAAUGAGCAGAAAAAAAAGGAAGAACUUGAAGCUGCGAGGAAAUUCCUGUAUUAUGAAAUGGGCUACAAAGUAAAAUCUGACCAAUUAACAGACAGCUCUGAAAUCACUCUAGUGCCUUCAGAUAUUGAAAGGUACAAGAAGCGAUUCCACAUGUUCGACAAGGACAAGAAAGGGUUUAUUACUAUACUGGAUGUGCAGCGUGUCUUGGAGAGCAUCAGUGUGCAAAUUGAUGAAAAAACACUUCACGAUAUUCUACAUGAAGUAGAUCUGAACAAGAACGGGCAGGUUGAGCUCAUUGAGUUUUUGCAGCUGAUGAGUGCCAUUCAGAAGGGCCACGUCUCCGGCAGCCGGCUGGCCGUGCUGAUGAAGACGGCUGAGGAGAACCUGCGGCAGCGAGCGGUGAUCCCGGUGGACCGCAGCGGCGGGGGGCUGUAGCUCGGCACGGCCCCGCUCCUGCCUGCACCUGCUGACAAACAUUCCAGUGCUCUCGAAUGGCCUUGCUCGUUCAAGGUGACUGGUAUCUGUCCAUCGCCGUAGCUUUUGUAAAAACCCAUGGGUGCGUUUGUUUUCUGUACUAAUGGUUUUGUGUACAGCUCUUACUACUCCGGUAUGUGGCCUUUUGGAUUGGGUAUGCUUUAGACGUAUGAGUUUAUUAACGGAAGUUCUGGAAUACGGUCUGGAAAGACUGGUGCACACACAAGCACACGUGCACGUACUGCCUUGCUCAUUAACUUCUGUAUCACCUUUACCUUUAAACAAAAAAAAAGUGAAUCCUGCCUUUAAAGAGAGCGUUGCAUUGAGAUUUGUGAAUAGGCAUUUAGUAUUUAAAAGCUGCUGAUCUGUCUGCUUCAACAAAGGGCAGCAGAGGCACGGCUGGUGCCUGGGAUUUGAGAUAGCUUCACAAAAGGAGCAAAACUUCCCCUUCCGAGGGUCCCAGGUACAGCAGGGAGCUGCCCUGGUUAGUGACUGGCCUUCCACAGCUGCUUGGCUGCGCUCUCCUGGAGCGUUUAGUUAUUUCAGCAGUACCAGUACUUGGCCAGACACAAGUAUCAGCAGUACAAAGCUGGAAGACAGCACUUCACCCCAUCACCCAAACUAAUUACCCAGCUAGCAGCUAGGGGACAGCUUUCCUUUCUCCCAUACGAAUAAAAACAAGCUUCCUUUAGUCAGUAGCAUCCUUUAGCAGCUGGUGUUUUAUGCUGUAACAUGCUCUGUACUGUUUCCAGGCUGGGACAAAAAAAAACUGGUGAUAUGUAAAAUAUGACUGUUUUUGAUAAC